AUGGUUCAAGCGAACCAGGGAGUACGAGUUGGCCAGCCCUUCGUUAUUCUUGCUAGGAACACAGUCGCCCUCACCGGUGAAAACACGCGCACCUCGCCGCAGCUUGGCUGGAUAAAACCGACGCCAACGUCAAGGCGGCCGACAGCGCUUUCACCAUCGGGCUGGCCCGUGGCCAGUCAAAUUGGUCCGUUUGGAGAUGUCUAA